AUGCCUCCAUUACGUCUCAUCACACUUAUUCCAGCUAGAAAGUCUCAACGAACUGUCCUCUCAAUUCCUUCAGAAAUCAAAAAAAAGAGUGUAUUGAAAUCCUCCCGAUAUAGAAAAGAAAUCUUGACGAUGGCUACACAUGCAAAAUCAUCUUCUCCACUCUCUCAAACUACGACAACGACAACAACCACCACCACGACUUGUCUCAAUUGUGGUGCCCAAUCCUCACCUGUUUGGAGAAAGGGAUCCAAAGGUGAAUGGCCACUCUGUAACAAGUGUGGACUCUAUGUCUUGCGGUAUGGAAUCAAUCGACCCUUGUGUGGAUCCAUGAAAGCAGGAAGAAGGAGAAAGAAACAAUCUGGUGUGCAAGAUGUGGACUCGGAUCCAAACAACAAGAAGAAGUCACACAGCGACAGGAACAACAACCAUAAUACGAAUGGUAAGAAACGAGAUCAUGGUCAUGCAGUGGACCAUUGCAAUUCACAUGUGCAACCGUUAUUGAAAAAAGUCAAACCGUCAUCAUCUCAUCUGGCAGUUCAACCGCAAUCCAUCUCUUCAUCAUGCAUGUCGAAUACGUAUUCAACCAUAUUGACUCCUCCUCUCGAUCAUGUCACUUCUUCUUCAAUCCUCUCCUUGUAUCAUUUAAAACAACAGUUGGAAGAUGCCUCUGAAAAAUUCCCACAAGUCAUUCACACUCUUGUUUCGAUCAUUCGAAAACAUGUUCUCACCCAACCAACCGUUGUUUCUCAAUUAACAACGACACGAAUGGACAUUUCGGAACUCCAUAAAAACUCAACAACGAGGUCGAUUGUUGCAUCUCCUUUAACCACCUCAUUCGAAUGUCAUGCAUUAGAUUCCUCCACUCAACAACAACAAAUCGUUGUGUCACAACCAACGACAAGCAGUCUAAACAACACCACUGCCAAUGAAUUCGAACAAGAACUGGAUCAAAUAUUUUGUCAUCCUCAUUCCAAAUCUUCAUCGACACAUAUGCCAGUCUUGGAUCAUGAGAUGACCACAUGCAUCAGCACGAACAAUGAACUAUCUCACGAACAAGUGUUUCAUAGUGAGCUGAUGAAUUUAUGGAGUUUCGGGGAUGAAGGUAAUCAUGGUGGUGUCACUACUGAAGAGAGUAGUGUGUAA